UUGUUUGACUUCACUGCUAACAUAAACCAGGAAGAAGACUGUUAGCUAGCUUAGCUUGUUUUGGUUUUUGAGGUAAAUGCUAGACUCCUUGCUUUAGAAAUGUUUAUCAACGCUAAUUAACUUUGUCAGUAAGCAACUAGCUGCUAAAGAAAUAUUCAUAAAGUCUGAAAAAGACAGCUGGAUAUGAGCUGGAAACCACAGAUGAACUACAGAAUCGCAUGUCCAGAAGUCCCACAGGAUCAUGUCUGGAAAAAGGAGGAGGUUGUGAUUGGCCAGCAGUUCAGUAACCAGGAGACCACCUCCAGUUUGGACCAGAAAGAAACAGAACCUCUACUGAUGAAAGAGGAACAGCAGGAACUUUGCAUCAGUCAGCAUGAAGGGCAGCCCAUUCCGAAGCAGGAACAUGUUCCUUUCAUGGUGACUGCACCUCCUGAAGAAAUGGACUGCUGUAAACCAGAACCUCUGAAAGAACUCCCACUGCAUCAUGUCAGGAAAGAUGAGAAGGUUAUGACUGACCAGCAGCUCUGUAAGCAGGGUACCACCUACAGUUUGGACCACAAGGAACCAGAACAUCUACUGAUGAAAGAGGAACAGCAGGAACUCUGCAUCAAUCAGCAUGAAGGGCCGUUCAGUCUGAAACAGGAAAAUGUUCCCUCCAUGGUGACUGCUUCUUCUGAAGAAACUGACUGGUGUAAACCAGAACCAGACAGACACCAACACUUGUGUCAGAGUUCUGCUGAAGUUGAGAACCAAGAUCUUGAUGGAUGCUGGAGUGAAAACUCAGAAUCAAACAACAGUGAUAAUGAACUGAUACAAAAUAAAAGACAAAGACAAACUAUAGAUCACGGAGACAGUGUAGAUGGUCCCAAGCUAGAAAGACUCAAGGGAACUCACACAGGUGCAAAGACAUAUUCAUGUGAAACUUGUGGUAAAUGUUUCUCUCUCGGUAGUACCUUGACUAAACACAUGCGAACUCAUGCAGGUGAGAAGCCAUAUUCAUGUGAAACUUGUGGUAAACGUUUCUCUCAGAGAAUAAACUUGAAUGAUCACCGGAGGACCCACACUGGCGAGAAGCCAUAUUCCUGUAAAACUUGUGGUAAAUGCUUCUGUCAGAGUAGUCAACUGACUAAACACAUGAGAACUCACACAGGUGAGAAGCCGUUCACAUGUGAAACAUGUGGUAAAUGUUUCUCUCAGAGUAGUAACUUGAUUCAUCACAUGAGAACUCAUACAGGUGAAAAGCCACAUUCCUGUAAAACUUGUGGUGAACGUUUCUGUCAAAGUGGUCAAUUGACUCAUCACAUGAGAACUCAUACAGGUGAGAAGCCGUUCACAUGUGAAACAUGUGGUAAGUGUUUCUCUCUGAGAGGAACCUUAACUAAACACAUGAGAACUCACACAGGUGAGAAGCCAUUUUCAUGUGAAACUUGUGGUAAAUGUUUCUCUCAGAGAAUAAACUUGGUUGUUCACAUGAGGACUCACACAGGUGAGAAGCCAUAUUCAUGUGAAAUUUGUGGUUAUUGUUGCACUCACAGUAAUUCCUUGACUAAUCACAUGAUCAUUCACACAGACGAGAAACCAUAUUCAUGUGAAACUUGUGGUUAUCGUUGCUCUCUCAGCAGUACCUUGACCAAUCACAUGAGAACUCACACAGGUGAGAAUCCGUUUUCAUGUGAAACUUGUGGUAAAGUUUUCUCUCAGAGAAAUAUGUUGGCGGUUCACAUGAGAACUCACAGAGGUGAGAAUCCAUAUUCAUGUGAAACUUGUGGUAAAUUUUACUUGGAUAAAUUUGACUUGACUACUCACAUGAGAACUCACACAGGUGAGAAGCCUUAUUCUUGUGAAACUUGUGGUAAAUGUUUAUCUUCUAAAAAAGGCUUGACUAAACACAUGGUAAUUCACACAGUUAAGAAGCCAUAUUCAUGUGAAGCCUGUGGUAAAUGUUUCACUGAUAAAAGCGACUUGACUAAACACAUGAGAACUAAAAAGUUUCUCUCAGAGUUGUCGCUUGACUGAUGACAUUAGGACUCACAAGGGUGAGAAGCAAUAUUCAUGUGAGACUUGUGUUUCUCUGAGUAAUCAUCAUCAUCAUCCUCAUCAUAAGCCUUUAAUCAUUAGAGGAUUUCCUACAUAAGACUGAUUCCCAAAGUGCUGUACACAACAUAAUUUAAAUAUAAUAAAUAAAAAGGCGAAAAUAAAUAAAGGAAUAAAAUGAGUCUUUAGUUUUAUUUUAAAAGCCUCGAGUCUAUGCAUGUCUCACCUCAAAUGGCAAUUGGUUCCAUAGCCUCGGUCCAACUAAAAAGUCCCCACCACUCCUGGUUUAUGUUUUGUCUGUGGGCAACCAGUAAACCCAGAUCAGCGGAUAGCAGUAAAAUGUGCUGGGGCAUAGAUGGUGUACCAUACCAAGUGGUCAAAUUGUCACCUUCAAAUUGAUUAGAAAGUAACCUUUCAUUUGCAGACAAAAGCCCAACGUUUGUUUGGCCCCAAAUCCAAAGCAAUACUCUGCCCCAGUUCUUGCCACUGCAAGAAGACAAUGCAUUCUCACUCAAGGCUUCAUGUAGACUCCUGCAUUUUCACUCUGAGGAAAAGUCAUCUUGAAUUAUAAAUAACUUUACAGCUUAUAAAUUG